CAGGCAAACCUGUCGCGACUCGCGAGUCGUUGUGCUUUCGACGGCCCUUUUCGUUGGGCAGCCGUCUCCGAUUGAUGAUUUGUACGAGCCUAAAACCCUUCCCUAAACCCAAUCUUGUCAAAGUAGCAAAUCCGACACAGCUUUGGUUGCACCACCACCACCACUACCGAGAGGGCAUGAAGUUCGCGGUCAAGGCAUGGAGUAACGGCAAGGCACGGGCGGGGUCACUUCAGAUAGGCAGCCUGCCGACCCCAAUGGAGACUCCAUGUCUCCUCCUCUCGACUCGUAAAGGACUGCCCGCGUUUAUAUCCCCUGACCUUCUUCCCUCUUUGCCUUCCCCGGACUCUCAUCUUCUUCAAGUCAGUCCUCUCCAAUUUUUGGAAGGUCUUUCAACAAAAACAAUAUCAAAUAUUGGUGGACUCCACCAGCUGCUUGGUUUGCAUGAACACGUGUUUGUUGCUGUAGCAAGGGAUUCCAUCCAGUGCCUUCCAGAAUUCAAAAGCACAAACAAAAUUGGAGCAUCUUUUGAGACUCCUUGUGGUCGUUGUUUGGUUAAACCUGCCGACUACAUGCAAAUGAUUUCUUCCAUGAGACCAAAUAUUUGGACCACUUUGGCUGAUGAAGUGCCAGCAUGGGUAUCUGAUAAGAGGAACAAGACCUCAGUAGACCGAACUGUUAAAUGGCUGGAUGAGUGCAUUGCAUCAAGCUCGGCAGGUGGAUUUGUUUUUGGAGCAAUUGUUGGAGGAUAUAAUGUAGAAGAACGACAGCGAUGUGCCCAAGAAACAGCCAAGCGAAAUUUAUCAGGCUAUUGGAUCGCAGGUUUUGGGCUUGGUGAGAGUAUGGAAGAGCGUCCUGCUUUGCUUAAUGCAGUUACUGAUAGAUUACCAGAGGAAAAGCCGCGUCUGAUCUGUGGGCUUGGACUUCCAGAGGAGGUCUUGCAGGGUGUGGCUUCUGGAAUCGAUCUUUUUGACUCAUCGUAUAUUUACCAUCUCACGCUUGGAGGCUUUGCUCUUUCAUUUCCAUUGGAUGGCAAUGAGAUUAGUACAUCUGCUUUUCAGUCGCCUCAUUUGGGAAGUGAUCAAACAAAAAUUAAUCUGAAAGCAACGGUUUACAGGAAAGACAUUACACCAAUUGUUGAAAGUUGUGGUUGCUAUACCUGCCAGAAUCAUACUAAAGCAUAUAUCAAUCAUCUACUCAAUGUUCAUGAAAUGCUGGCACAGAUACUUCUAGAAAUACAUAAUACUCACCAUUAUCUCAUGUUCUUCCGCUUAAUAAGAGAAGCAAUCAAGAAAGGUGAAUUUCGACAGAAGUUCAUUCAGAAUAGGCGUGCUCAUCUUGCCGCAGCGACUGCUUGUGCAUGAAGAUACUUGUUCACAAAAUUUAAGUUAUUGAAAGCAUUUUUGUUGAUUGGAUAUACUGUUUGAGCUCCCCUUCUAACCCUAAAAGAAACCUUUUUGAAGAGUCUUGGCAACUCUUAAGAAUUCCUUCAA